UUCUUGUGAGUGGCAUCGGUGCCACAUACACUCACAUACGCAAGCAUAAUAUAUUAUUUGUGUUAAAAGUGAUUGCAGAAAGAAGUGUAGCAACGUAUUUCAAUUUGUGUGGCAGCGUUUGCAAUCGUUAUUUGCAAACAACUUCAGCAACUCAUAAAUGCAUCGCCAAGCAAGCGAAACGCACAAUCGCAUGAAAUUCUAAUAGGACAAUAGCGUCAGUGCAAGAAAAGGCACUGGCACGGGCCUUUUUUUUGGCGCAGUGCUGCGGGAUAUGACGGCGCGGGCACAUCAGGAUGAGCGCAUCUGCUCGGGGGGUAUGGUCGAGGACGAAGCAAUUGCCGCCACCUACCACAAUUUGCCACCACACAGUUCGGAUUAUGCCAAUUUUCUGGCACAUCAGCAUCAACAACAACAACAACAACAACAACAGCAACAACAACAGCAGCAACAACAACAUUUGUUGCAUCAACAGCAACAGGGCCAGGCGCAGGGGCCCUUGAUGUGGCCGCCACACAUGGGUGUUCAAUUUCCCCCACAUCACCCACACCAACCACAUCAUCAUCAGCCACCUAUGAUACCACAACCACAGCAAGCUCCAUCUGCACACGUCUAUAAUGAAUAUCUGUACAACUUGGCAUACUCCGGACCACCUGGUCAAACCGAAACUUACUCCGUGUUGCCUGUUGGUCAUGGCAAUUUUCUUAAGGUUUAUCACUGUCCAGAGAAUGCUGUCAACGAUGUUUACGCUCAGCAAGCGGCGGCCAAUUUCUCGCAUAUCAACAUGGCACCAAUGAACCAGCAUCAACAUCACCAAGUAGCGGCCACGGCUGCACAGAACCAGGCACAGGCGCAGCCGUCAGCAGCACAGCAGACGCCACUUUAUGAAUUGUUUGCCACCAAUCCGUUACUGCCAAAGCCCGAGAUGAAUAUUGUAAGCCAACAGCAACAGCAGCAACAGCAACAACAGCAGCAACAACAGCAACAACAGCAGCAACAACAGCAGACACCACAAUUCCAUCAGGUUGAUGAUGUUCCUGCGGCAGUCUCUACGGCUGCUGCACCGAGCAAUAGCGCUAAUUUGUUUAUCAAUAAUCUUGUAAAUAACUGGUCGCCAAAUCUAACGGGUAGCAGUUAUAUACAGUUUGGUGGCGAGCCACCCGAAAAUGCUAACGCAUAUGUUGAAGCCACGCCCAUAGAAUCGACAACAUCGCCACCACAGUCGACAUCACCUGUGAAGUUGCAGCAGCUGCAGCCCAUAGCUGAGUAUCAUGCUAAGGUCGUUCCGCCCAAAAGCGUCGAAGUAGCUCCUGGUAGCUCUGGUCACAAAGAAGUCAACCCGAAUCCAACUUUAAGCACUACAACAACAACUACAAUAGCAGCAGCAGCAGCAGCAACAGCAACACCAGCUGCCCUUAAAAAAACGCCAAUAGUCGUGCCAGGCUUGAGCGAGGGCAAAAGACGCAUUGUAGCCGAAGUAAAACCUAUGCCCAUGUCCUAUUCAGAUGUUUUGAGCAAGGGCAGCACAUUGCGUAGUUCGGGCACAAUGCUUGCCAGGAGCAAUGCGGGUAUUGAAGCGCGUUCAGUCAACAAUUUGGAGAAUGGGCAUCCAACGCAACGACGAGGAGGCAAGGAGGAUGGCAAUGGCAACGGUAAUCGGGAGUUGCGCAAUAAUUCCAAGCGCUCGCCACUACACGAAAUCAAAGAUGGGUCCGGCAAUGCUACAGGACAUCGCAGCAAGAGGCGCCAGGGAGCACAGCAGAAACCACAACAAGCGCCAAUACAACAUCAGCAGCAACAGCAACAACUACAACAGCAGCAGCAGCUGCAGCAGCAACAACAACAACAGCAACAGCAGCAACAACAACAGCAACAACAACCACCGCCACAGCAACAGUCGCAGCCUGCGCUGAGGUCUGGUAAACCGAAUGCCGAAAAGAAGCGUCCUGGCCAAAUGAAAUUUAUUAACAACACGAGCAGCAACAACCAAAGUGGAUACAGCGCCAAAGCCAACGACAAUAAGGCAACUAAUAACAACAGUGGCAACAUCGUUAGCAGCAACAGCAGCUUACCCAGCAGCAGCAGCAAUAACAAUUUAUCGAGCCGGAAGGCAAACAACGCCAGCAACAACAAUCGCAGCAGCAGCAGCAGCAAUAAUAGCAGCUCGCAUGCAAAUUUCUCGAACGCCAAUUCGAAUAAUUCCAAUAAUUCAUCUGGCUCGAGCAACAACAACAGCCACCACAACAACAUCAGCAACAGCAACAACAAUGGCAAUUCCUCAUCAUCGAAACGCUACUCCGGCUCAUCGAAUGCGAAUUUAAAUUCCAAUUCUAGCUCGUACUCGUAUUCCUCGAAGCGCAAUCGGGGUGGCGCAUAUGGGUCAUCCAAUUCGCCAGCGCAUGCGAGCGCCUCGAAUCGCAAUUAUGAACUAGCAAAGCGCAUUUUGCACACCUGGUGGAUAUACACGCUCAAGCUGAUCACCUGGCUCUUCUAUUUGGUCUAUGAUAUUGUUGUGCUCGGUUGCAGCAUGGCGUACGAGCGGCUGACCACAGCGUAUGUGGCAGGCGUGGCUUAUGCACGCCAGCUGCACAAGGAACUGAAGCAGAAUUCCGGCAAGCCGAGCAUCUGGUGGCGCAAUUAUUGGCGUCGCUUUGAUGCACGCUUUAGAAAAAACUCACGUUGGGCAUUUUGGCGUCGCUUCUACAAGCGCAAGCCGCCUGAGGCCAGCGCGGAGGCAUUUAAAACGGGUCGCUUGCCACAGACUGGCGAAGAGGCCAUGUACUCGCUGCUCAACUGCAAGGGGAAGGAUGCCUACAGUAUAUUGGGCGUGCCGCCAGAUAGCCCACAGGAGCAAAUACGUAAACACUAUAAGAAAAUCGCCGUGCUGGUGCAUCCGGACAAAAACAAGCAGGCCGGCGCCGAGGAGGCAUUCAAGGUGCUGCAGCGUGCAUUUGAAUUGAUUGGCGAACCGGAAAAUCGUCUUGCCUAUGACCAAAGCAUUGCCGAGGCAUUGCACGCGGAAAAGGCGUGGACGGAGCUGCACGAUUUGCUAUCGCAAUUGCAAACCAAAAUGACCGAGGCAGCCAAUACUAUAAGAUGUAGCACCUGUGCGCAGCGCCAUCCUCGCAAGCUAACUGAACGUCCUCAUUAUGCGGCGCGCGAAUGCGCCUCCUGUAAGAUACGGCACUCGGCCAAGGAUGGCGACAUAUGGGCGGAGACGAGCAUGCUGGGUCUGCGUUGGAAAUAUUUGGCGUUAAUGGAUGGCAAGGUAUAUGACAUAACCGAAUGGGCCAACUGUCAGAAGGGUGCGCUCUCGCAUCUAGAGCCCAAUUCGCAUAUGGUACAGUAUCGCAUUGUGCGUGGCGCUCAGCAGCAACAGCAGCAGCAGCAACAACAGCAGCAGCAGCAACAACAGCAGCAGCAGCAACAUCCACACCAGCAGCAACCACAGUCGCAUGCACAUCAUCCGGGCGGCCCAGCCAGUGGCGUGAGUGAGGCCACGUUGCAUGAGUUUCUGGAUAAUCUGUAUAGCGGGCAGCAUCCGGGCGCGCCUAAUGCCACGCCCUUUGCCGGUAAUGCACGUCGCCGCACUCGUCGCAACUGAAAUCGUUUUUUGGCAUAGACAUAAGUGUUUUUAAAAUCUCCAAUCUGCAGUUCAACAGUAAUAAGCAAGGCGCCGUUGGCUGCUUACUCACGUAGAUAAACUCUAAUAGGCCAACAUCAGCGCAACCAUCUCUCGUUUUUCAAACACACACACACGCUAAUAGACCACAAUCGAAACAGAUUACGUUUUAUAAUAACUCUUCUUUACAUAAGUACAAUGACUACCAAUUGCUGUUAAUAAUUUUUAUUUUGAGAAUUUUUAUGUUUUUAAUGGUCUUGCAUAAGUCUAAGGGCAUUACGAUUGCCCAUCACUUAAGUAGUUGACAUCUGUGUUCUACAUUUUACUUUUUGCCUACCGCUUAUGGACAGCUUAACCCAGCUUAGCUCAUAGCAAACAAGCUUAGUUUUAAGUUAAAAUUAUAGACCGCAGCCGGAUUGUACGCCACGCAACACGACGUAUAACGCGGGAAUAUGUAAAAUCUUAACACAUCCGAAUUAUAAAUGUUAAUAAAAAUCAUAUAGAGACCCUAA